AUGUCAAUUAUAAGCAAUAACAGGCGGCUCACAAGUUGGCUUUCUCAAUCAGACUUUGUCAUCGAUGUUAGGCCACCUUCUAAAGAUUCAAUAACAAGUACUACACCUUCUCAAAAUGAUUUACCCUCACCACCAACAACUUCAAAACAACAACCACAACAACAACGUUUUCUUGUCCAGCUCACUCCAAGUGUUUCCAGCGAAUCUGAAGACUCAAACGAGUAUAAAUAUUAUGCAAAAAAUGAUAUCAAAGAAAGAAAAGAAGAAGAGGAAGACACUGUAGAUGACUUUUUCCAAUAUGUUCACAAGGACCAACUAACCCAACUCACAAACCCGCUCACUCCAUCUGACGUGGAAAUGGAAUCAAACCCAGAUAAACCAUACACGCGGAUUUCCAUACCUCAUCAACCAGCAAAACGUUUAUACCCAGACUUUGAUUUUACCAUGGAUAUCGACGAUGACUACCAUGACUCAAGUUUAAAUGAUAGGCUGGAACGUGUGGGGCCUGUCACACGCGAUAAAGAGGCAGAUGCAAUUGCUGAAUAUACAAACAAUCUUCCACCAGCUGAAUUAGACCUAGAUAGGUUGCUUGGGGUCGGCGCAUUUAUUCUGGACCAAAAUGACGGACUUUUACAAGAUAAGAGCAUGACAGAUUUGGGCAAGGCCUCAUCCACACACUCUGCACGGUACCUUGGGCUACGGUUUGAUUUCUGCGUAGAUCCUCCCGCAGGUGCCGAUCAUUUGCGGCCGCACUAUGUCAUUUUACGUGAAGCUGGUGGAACCAAUUUUUCGUCUAACCCCACACUAGAGGUAUACCGUCAUUCCAUGCCUGCAUUUGUUCCUGUGGAGCGGCUCGCACACCGUCACCUUAACACAAAUGCUUCUGUAUUUGCACGUAAGCUGCGUGAGUACUUGGUGCUGUAUAAUACACGGCGGCAGUACUUUGAAGCAGCUCUUUUUGAGCAUGAGCAGCGGACAGCUGGAAGUAUAGAGACUGAGAAGGACCAAGAACAGGAGUUACUACCACAAUGUGUAGUUGCGUUUAAAUGGAACCCAGAGUACACUGUGAUUGAAUUGAUUUUGGUUUCGCCUUUAGUGGCCGGUUCUAAGAAAAAUGAUGAUAAAGAUGGGAAAUAUGACAAAGAAGAACAAGAUGAAGAAGAAGAGGAGGAAGAAGAAGAAGAGGUGACUUUACAAGAACUCACAGUGACAUGCUCGCCUAAGACAAACUUAAUGAGUGUGGCUAAGCUUAGCAAAAUAGUGCGACCAAAGGAAGAUGUGGAAUUGCUGCGGCGGCUACAGCGAGGAACGUUAACGAUAAACCGGCUUGGACAAGUCAUUGAAUCCUGGAAAAGGUCCAUUGAACAAUAA